AUGAGUAUUUCAUAUCACUCAUAUACAAUCAGAAAUACACUCACCGCACUAUAUCUCGACGCUAACAGAACCGCUGCUGAAGGAGUACAACACCUUGCGGAUGUGUUGCGAAAGAACACGACACUCAUCAUACUAACCCUCCGAUAUGACGGAAUCGAUGAUAAAGGAGCACAACACCUUGCGGAUGCGUUGCGAACGAACACGACACUCACCAUACUAGAUCUCGGCAGUAACGGAAUCGGUGCUGAAGGAGCAGAACACAUUGCGGAUGCGUUACGAACGAACGCGACACUCACCGCACUAGAUCUCGGCAAUAACGAAAUCGAUGAUAAAGGAGCACAACACAUUGCGGAUGCGUUGCGAACGAACGCGACACUCACCACACUAAACCUCUAUCGGAACAAAAUCGGUGCUGAAGGAGCACAACACCUUGCGGAUGCGUUGCGAACGAACACGACACUCACCAGACUAACCCUCCGAUAUGACGGAAUCGGUGAUAAAGGAGCACAACACCUUGCGGAUGCGUUGCGAACGAACACGACACUCACCGCACUAAACCUAAAUGGUAACAGAAUCGGUGAUAAAGGAGCAGAACACAUCGUGGAUGCGUUGCGAACGAACACGACACUCACCUCACUGGAACUCGGCAAUAACGAAAUCAGUGCUGAAGGAGCACAACUCAUUGCGGACGCCUUGCGGAGAAAUGUACGCCAAUAUGGUGUAGAUCUUGCGCUGAAUGGAAUGGGAAAACAAGUGAUAGUUGAUCUGAUGGCUUUUCUCGUAGAAACGAUGUUUUUCGCUUGA